GAUCUUGUUCUUUCUCAUUUGAAAUUCAGAUCAACCGGCUGCUUAACUAUAAAUGCGAUUUUUUUGAGCAACAUCAACAGAAACGAAUUCGUUUGAGAUUCAUCAAGAUGUGUAAAUUGGUUUGGUUCUUCGCUCUCUUGGCUGUUGCCGUUGCUGAACCUGCUCCUAAAGCAGGGCUCAUUGCCACAGCUCCAGCAGUAGCAGCAGUGGUACCACAUACUGCAGCUUAUGUUGCUCCAUACGCUAGUACCUACGCAGGACCAUACGCCACUGCAUACGCUGGACCUUAUGCUACUGCCUACUCCGGAGCUCUUAACUAUGGAUACAACUCCAUCUACAACCACCCCUACAAUGCUGUUCACAGUUAUGCUCCUUAUGCUAACUACUACAACUCCAUGUACAGAUCUGCUUUCGACUACCCUCACAUCGCCUCCACCUAUGCCGCACAUCCAUACAAUUAUGUAUAUUAAAAUUUUAGUGAAUAAUAAAGUUAAUUUUUAAUUAA